AUGUUCAGAUACGCACAACCAUCUCAAAUUAUGAAAUCAAAACUGCCAUCUACACCAAAUCAGUUCGUGCCAAAUCCUCAUGCAAAGGCAUUCAACUCAAAUGCGAUGAAUCAAAAUAUGAUCCAACAACAAAUGCCCAUGCAAUACCAAAUGCAAAACCAAAUGCAAAUGCCAAUCCCAGUGUCAGGUACUGCCAACCAUAGUCAACAACAGCAACAGCAGCAACAGCAGCAACAACAGUACAACAACAACAAUAAUAAUAAUAGACAGCGUUCGUACCGUCAGAAUCAACAUGCACAAUACUAUAAUAACUACCAGCACCAGAACAAUAAUUUGUUGAACAGUAAUAAUAAUAGUAGCACUGUGUCUUCUAACGUUUCAACACCUAUUUCAUCUGUUCCAGGAACUCCGCUUUCCAUGACUCCCAGUCCAAGUCCAUUACCACACAACAACAAGAAUCACAAUAAUAACAAUAACAACAAUUCCAUUAGCCCUGAUUCUCCUUGGUACCAGAAAGUUUUGGCCUUUGAAGAAUGUGUAUCUCAAACUUUGUACAUGUCUCAAACUCCAAGACGUAAGAAUAUAAAACAUCGUUCAGAACAUCCAAACUCAAAUGCAAAUCCAUUAUUUUGGGAUUCCAUUGGAAGAGCCAUGGGAUUGUAUCAUGAUUUGAUCAAUACUCCUGAAUUAAAUUCUGAUCGUGUUUCUAAAUUGGUUCAUCUUUUACAUAAUGGGUUAAGAGCAAAUAGAAAUCAAUUAACAAGGAUGAAUAAGAAACCUGAUUAUGAUUCUCAAUCUUUCCAUAAGGAAAUGACUAAUUAUCUUUGUAAAUCUCUAAGAGAAAUCUCAAAAGAUGUAUUGCAAGGAAAAGUUGAAUUGAAUGAAUACGGUGCCAUGCAUCUAAUUACAGCAUUCAAAGAGUUGCUAUUAUUUGAAGAAGCUGUUGAAAUUUGGAAAAAAGCCAUUAAUGGUACAAAUAAUUAUACUUCCAACAUUUUCUUGAAUCCAAGAGUCGUUGGUGUUAUAUUACCAAUCCUAUACGAUAAUGGUGUCUCAUAUCCAGAAAUUCAGUCACUUUAUGAAAAAUCUUCAUCCAUGAUCAAUUAUUUCCAUCCAAAUUUAUCUGUUGGUAUGAUUAGAGCUUCAUUAUCUGCAUCUGAGAAUGAAAUGGCCUUGAAAUUAUUUCAAAAGUUAUGUGAAGAAUCCACUGAAAUGAAAUAUGGUUACUUAAUUGAAACCCAUCUUUCAUUCAUCGGUGAAUGUAAAGAUCUAAACGUUGCCCAAACCUUUUUCGACAAAGCUUUAAAUGAUGAAAUGCCAUACAAAAUUGAUUUACAAGUUUCAUAUGUUAAAUCAUUCUUAAGAAAUAUUUGGAAUCAAACUCAUGACUUCAAUCACAUAUAUCAAAUUUGGUACAAAUCUUCUUUACAUUAUGGUAGAAAUGUAAAUCAUGGUAUUUCAUCCUCAUUGAAUGACACAUUUUUUGAUAUCUUCUUUGAAAAUUAUGCAGAGGAUAAAUUACAAGGUUUCCAAACUUUACAAAAUUUGAUUCAAACUUACAAUAAUAUUAAAAACAUUGAUGAACCUUUCUUUAAUAUUAUCUUGGCUAAAUGUACCGUGUGGCAUGAUCGUACCAUAUUGGAAUACAUUGAUAAAUCUUAUGAAAUGUAUCAUAUUCCAAAAACAAUUGUUGCAUACAGAAUUCUUUUGAAAUCAAUGGGAUCUGUGGAUGAUGCAAACAAUAAAGAGAUUUUACAAAGAUGGAUAGACUUAAUUCGUAAGUCAGAUGAAAUUGGUCAAAGAUUUAUUGCUAACGCUGAUUGGGCUGCCCUAAGAGACGCCACUGUAACAUGGACCCAAUGUAAGAGAGAUGCAACUACUUCUAACACUACUAGGAAUGCAGUUACCGAUGGUAAGACAUCUUCACCAACAACCAAUAACAAUACUGCUGCAAGUACUAAUAAUAACACAGGUACUAAUACUCCUGAAAAUGAACCAAAUUCGAACGCUUACCUUUUUAAUGCUACUAAUAAUGGGAUGGACUAUUAUUCCCAUCCAGCAUUACAAGCUGCUAACGCUUCUGGUGCAUUCGACGAUAUGGGCGCUGAUUCUAAUGAACAGCAACAACAAUCGAAACAACAACAACAGAAUAUAUCUCAAGUUGAUGGUAGAAUGGUUCUUUAUUUGGAAAUCGUUAAACGUUACUCUCCUUAUUGUCGUGAUUCUAGACAAUUGGCAAGAUUGACAACUGGUACAGCAGUUAAAUACUCUGUGUUACAAGAGGUAUUGAAUCAAUUUCAAUCUUUGGAUGUCUCUGAGAUCCCUGUCCCAGAAUUGCACAAUUUGAAACCAACUUGUGUUUAA